UGGGCUCGUACUAGCAUGGGCUAAGUAUCCAGUAUAGUUUAUAAGAUCCAUCGUGAUCAUCGUUACCAUCGAUCAGUUCUUCCAGUGUGUUAGCUUUCCUGUAAACCCAAAGCCCCGAAACCCUGGUAUCCCUCUUCUUCCUUUGCGCGCUUAAAUCCCAGAUGGCUUCCACAAUGUUUUCUCUAGCUUCUGUCACUCCUUCAGCUUCAAUUUCCUUGCAAGAUAAUCUCAAGCCAAAGCUGAAGAUAGGGACUUCUAGCCAAAGGGCCUUUCCUGGGAAGGACUUCAUGAAGGCAAAGUCAAAUGGUCGGACUACUAUGGCUGUUGCUGUUAAUGUCUCUCGAUUUGAGGGAAUAACAAUGGCUCCCGCUGACCCCAUUCUCGGAGUUUCUGAAGCAUUCAAGGCUGAUACAAAUGAACUGAAGCUUAACCUUGGAGUUGGAGCUUACCGCACAGAGGAUCUUCAACCAUAUGUCCUCAAUGUAGUUAAGAAAGCAGAGAACCUUAUACUGGAGAGAGGAGAAAACAAAGAGUAUCUUCCAAUAGAAGGUUUGGCUGCAUUCAACAAAGUCACAGCAGAGUUAUUGUUUGGAAAAGAUAACCCAGUGCUUCAGCAACAAAGGGUAGCUACGAUUCAAGGUCUAUCAGGAACUGGGUCAUUGCGUAUUGCUGCAGCACUGAUAGAGCGUUACUUCCCUUACUCUAAGAUUUUGAUAUCUUCUCCAACAUGGGGAAAUCAUAAAAACAUUUUUAAUGAUGCCAGAGUGCCUUGGUCUGAAUAUCGAUAUUAUGAUCCCAAAACAGUUGGCCUUGACUUUGCUGGGAUGAUAGAAGAUAUAAAGGCUGCCCCAGAAGGAUCAUUUAUCUUGCUCCAUGGCUGUGCACACAACCCAACUGGUAUUGAUCCCACACCUGAGCAAUGGAAAAAGAUUGCUGAUGUAAUUCAGAAGAAGAACCACAUUCCAUUUUUUGAUGUUGCCUACCAGGGAUUUGCAAGUGGCAGCCUUGAUGAAGAUGCCUCAUCUGUGAGAAUGUUUGCUGCACGCGGUAUGGAGCUUUUGGUUGCUCAAUCAUAUAGUAAAAAUCUGGGUCUCUAUGGAGAAAGGAUUGGGGCUACCAAUGUUCUUUGCUCAUCUGCUGAUGCAGCAACGAGGGUGAAAAGCCAGCUAAAAAGGCUUGCUCGCCCAAUGUACUCCAAUCCUCCCAUUCAUGGUGCUAAAAUUGUUGCCAACGUCGUUGGAACUCCAGAGCUCUUCAGUGAAUGGAAAGAAGAGAUGGAAAUGAUGGCAGGGAGGAUAAAGAGUGUGAGACAGAAGCUAUAUGAUAGCCUCUCCGCCAAGGAUAAGAGUGGAAAGAACUGGUCAUUCAUUCUGAAACAGAUUGGAAUGUUCUCCUUCACAGGUCUCGACAGAGCUCAGAGCGAGAACAUGGCCAAUAAGUGGCAUGUGUACAUGACAAAAGAUGGGAGGAUAUCCUUGGCUGGAUUAUCGGCUGCUAAAUGUGAAUAUCUUGCUGAUGCCAUCAUUGACUCGUACUACAAUGUGAGCUAAUUCUUGGAUUUUAAAGUGACAACAGUUCUGAUAAUAAUAUCUGCAGGAAUUUCACUGUAUACUUCAUUUCUUCCUGUUGAGCACGUGAUUCUCUUAAACCUUGUAACAAUUGUUUCAAGUUGUCUUCGGUUAACAGAAUUUGUAUUUGUAUGAAGCAGAUUUUGACAAUUUCUCAACAGUUGGAUUCUAAAAUAAAGAGAAGUGGUUUUCUAGA